AUGAGGGAAGAGCGACGACGAGGAAGAGCCAAAGGCGACAAUGUGGACAGACAAGAGGGAAUGUGCUGCUGCACUGCGUGGGUGAGCACACUUUUGGUGCGAGCCGGAUGCAAUUGUUUUGAGGGCUUCAUCAGACUGCUCGGACUUUUGUACUCCGUUGUCGGCCAUGUCCGCCUCGGAUUCUUUAUAAUCCGAGCUAUCGAAAAGAAAUUGUACUCGUUUCCUAUUUACGACCACGAGUUUUUGAUUAGUGGAAUCGACAUGGUGAACGUUCGAAAGUGGCAAAAACACUUUUAGAUCGGCUUCAGAUCAUAAUCGGACUGUUCAUCUCCCUGUUCCGAUGUUGCCAAUCUCGCGCCAUUUUCACACUCGCCAUCGGUCUGAUGCUGUUCGUUUACGCAGGAAGCAUUCUAGCGAUUGCACUCAAUUUCCACUUGCUCACAACAUUCCGCCAAAGUGACAGUAAUCGACUUGAAAGUAAUCAAACAGACAUUUACUGUAUUUUAGGCUACAAGAUAUACGUCAUCCGAGGGCUCGUUCCUUUUUCUUUUUUUCUUCAUAUUCUUCUUACAAUGGCAAUAACGAAAAUGAGCUGUAUUUGUGGAUAUGGACGAAACGCAUGA